AUGAUCUGCUCGGGUAGAAACAAAGGAAAUGAUGGUAGAAAGUAUACCUUAUGGUUUUUAAAUGAUUUUGCUAGUAAUCGUCUGGAUGUCGAUAAAGAACUUUUUCUCUGGUCAGUAAUAAAUAAUCGACGAGAAUUUGCAUUAUUAUUUUGGUCUCGUGGCAAGAAUAAAGUUUGCGCUGCUUUAAUUGCUACAUUAUUAUAUAAAAAUCUUGCUCAUAGCACGAACGAUCAUAGUUAUUAUAAAUCGGCUGAACUAUUUGAGAACUUAGCUUCACAAAUAAUUGACAAAUUUUAUCAAACAAAUCGUGAAGCAUGUACAAAAGCAGUUAUACAAAAAGUUACAGCUUUUGGCAAUUCCACUUGGUUUGAAAUAGCUAUUGCAGCUGAUGCUCAAGAAUUUAUUACUCAUCGAGCUGUACAAGAUGUACUCAAAUAUAUUUGGCUGGGAUUUAUUGAUCGACGAAUAUCUAAUUUCAAAAUCAUAUUUUCUACAUUUAUGAUUUGGUACAGUGGUUUUCUUCGUUAUCAUGAUAUAUUAGUUCAAUCAAAUGAUGAAAAUAGAUCUCCUGAACAUCAAACUAAUAUUUCACAUAUUUCUAGAAGUCAAACAUCACGACGAAAAGAGACAGAGAGCAGGACAAAAUCUAAAAUUCAACAAUAUUUUGACAAUAUUAGUAAAUUUAUUGAAGCUCCAUAUGUUAAAUAUCUUUAUAAUUUAUACUUCCAUAUGAUUUUUUUAUUACUUUUCUCUUAUUUUAUAUUAUGUGAUUUUUUUCCACUCUACGAAUUUCCAAGUGAUAUAUGUGCACCAACUGGUGAUUCAAAAGAUAGUAAAGACAAUGUUGUGGACAAAAAUGAUAAUCAACCAAAUAUAUAUAAUCCACUGAUUAGAAACGAGUAUAAUGCUAGUACAUUAGGUUCAUAUGGAUUUCAACGACAUAAACGACCGUCUGCAAUUGAAUUCGUACUUCUCAUAUGGAUUUUUACAUUAGUUUGUGAAGAAAUUCGACAAAUGAUAUCAACAAACACACAAUCACGACGAAAUGCUAUCAUAACUUAUUUUAAAAAUUUUUGGAAUGAAUUAGAUAUUUUGGCUAUAGUUGUAUUCUUCGUUGGUUUUAUACUUCGAUUUCUUCCAACAGUAGAAUGUUUUUGUGCAGCACGUAUUAUUUUAUCAGUUGAUUUAGCAAUUUGGUUUAUACGUUCAUUAAGUAUGUUUACUGCUUUGAAACAACUUGGUCCUAAACUUGUUAUGAUUGGUGAAAUGGUACAAGAUUUGAAAUUUUUUGUAUUAAUGCUGAUUGUAUUUAUUUUGGCAUUUGGUGUACCAUCUUAUAGUUUAAUAUAUGGUGUACAAAAAUUUUCUUGGCAUUUACCACGUAUAAUCUUAAACCAUGGUUUUUGGGAAAUAUUUGGUGAAUUAAAUGUUUUAGAAACAUUUUCAACAAAUGGUUAUAUAGUGUUUUUUUUAUUGGUUGCUUAUAUGGCUGUUGUUAGUAUACUCAUGAUCAAUCUACUUAUUGCUAUGUUCAGGUAUGGAAAUAAUACAUUCGAUCGUCUUCAGACAAAUACAGAUCGUAUUUGGAAAUAUCAACGAUAUUUAUUAGUGUCCGAAUAUUUAUCACGUCCAUCAUUGCCACCACCUUUAAUAUUAUUUUCUCAUCUUUGGCGUUUAUCCUUAUAUAUAUUAGCACGAUAUUUUAAAUUGGAAUAUUUUAAACAAAAAUAUGAACAAUAUUCAAGUCGAAAUAAAUACAAAAAUUUACUUCAGGAAGAAGAUUUCGCAAAAAUCGAAUUAGAUGAAGAUGCAUGUGGUGAUGAAGUUUAUUAUAAUUUUUCAAAAACAGGUGGACAAUUAGUAGAUGAAACUAAUUUCGAUGAAGAACCAAUGUAA